UAAUAGGAUCCUUAUCCUGCUCCUGGCGUCACAUGUCUGUGACCUACUCCGAUUGCGACGAUUGCGUCCAUCAUGGCGCUGCAUCACCAGUCAUCCACAGGCGUAUUCUCUGCUGUGAUUGGAUUCUUGCCACCAAUGGAUGUUGUAAGUUAGAUCAUGGGGGGCUAAGCUUACAGUUACUUUGCUUUGAUUAAGCUAUGUUUCUGCACCUUGCGCUGUUGCUUCCGUGGACCUGCGGUGGUGUGCCGCUCUGUGUGAACAAGUCAGAGUUGAAUACCGAAAGCUCAGCUUGGGUGUUUUAGGCCAAUUUCAGGGCUUGACCCCCUUCUUGACCGAUUGUAAAUGCCAAGAGCAGCAGCAUACACUGCUGAGUGAGGUUCUGGUUUAGAUCGAUCAUCGACUUGGGGGUGUUGUGAAGAGCAGGGCGAAUUAGUUUGUUUGAUGGCAGAGGAAAUUUGUUUAUUGACGACGAUGCUAGAGAUUCGUGGCAUGCCGAAGGGGCAAAUGUUGAUCGCCAUGAAAGGGCAUCCGGGAUGUGGGAAGACGACGGUGUCGCGCGGCAUAGCCAAGGCGUUACAUUGCCCGGUGGUAGACAAGGAUGACAUCCGCGAUUGUAGCAUGGAUCUGGAAUGCCCAUGUGUGUUGUCGUGCACGUGCGAGAGCAAGCAGCUCAAUUUCACCUCGCACAAGCUCAAUACGCUGUCUUACGUGGCGAUGUGGAAGAUCGUGGAGACACAGCUAGAGCUGGGGCUGUCCGUCGUUGUAGACUGCCCUCUCGAGCGGCAGGGUCUGUUUGACAGAGCCGCGGGCCUGUCCGCGAGGUUUGGGGCUUUGCUUGUGAUUGUGGAGUGUUACUCCGGGAACAAUUUGAUAUGGAAGGAGCGGCUUGAGAGACGGGCUGAACUGGGCAUGUCAGAUUCUCAAACUUUCGUAACUCGACCUAGUCUAGGGGAUGAUGAGGAUUUUUAUCAUGUGGAGCACGAGAAACCCGCUCGAAUGUCCGUGGAUGCCAACGACCUCCCUCAAUUAGCUGCUCGAAAACUUGGUGCCGAGACCAACACUCGGAAAGUUGUAUUGGAUGUUGGAUUUGGCGGGCCAACAGCACCCCCUGAGAAAAGGUGGCACAAGCCAGCGCAAUGGUCAGACAUUGAGAAGAUUUUAGAAAAGUAUGCCGGGUGCUUCGAGUACAGUAUGGGUUCCACGAAGAAGAUCAUGGUGGACACAACCGCUUGUUCCACUGAAGAUGCUGUGGAUGGAGUUUUGCGGUGGCUAUCAAACUUGGAGAGUAGCACAGAAUUGUUGACGUUUUUUCCAUCCGAUGCUAAAUAUGAUUCAUAUUCUUCUCGUAUCUAGUAUGAAGCUUUAGUGUGCUAGAUGAUGGUUACAAAUUUCUGGGGUCUAAACUCUCUCUACCUACACAUAGACAGGAGGUCUUCAUGGAGUGCCAGACUUGGGCAUUCGAUUAGGGACAAUUCUUGCAACCUACUGCACUGGAUUUGUGUGCAAACAUUUUAGAAUCAGUUGAAAACUCUACCAGAUAUUUCAUCGUGACCAACAAGCUAUAAGUGGAUGGUUGGAUUUUGGACUCAUUUGUCUCCAAAGUCUGAUUUUGAUAUAGUGCCUUCAGAAACUCUACAAACGCUCUUAAAGAUAAUAAUAAUCAGUAUCUUAUUAUCA